CGCACAGAAGGCGGAAAUGCGACGGACGUCGGUGAUGUUCUCGCGGAGCUGCAGGAUUACAGACUCUGUCAGCGGGGCUCUUCUGGGCUCGUGAUGAUGGGGAAGUAUUUCUUCAGUGAGACGGACAUCAAGAGCGCGUGGGAUCAGGUGUUGACGGCAUUCUGGCAGAGAUACCCCAACCCAUACAGCACUCAUGUUCUGACGGAGGACGUACUUUUCCGCGAGGUGACGCCGGAUAACCUCCUCCUGUCCCGGCGGCUCCUGACGAAGACCAAUCGUCUUCCUCGCUGGGCCGAGCGUGUGUUCCCGGGAAAUCUGUCGCGUUCAGUUUACGUCAUCGAGGAUUCUGUGGUCGACCUCGGAAACAGGAGCCUCACGACGCUGACCUGGAACAUAAAUCACGCUAAACGUGUGGUGGAGCGCUGUGUGUUUGCAGGCGAGCAGGACCGGCCUGUUUGGACGCGGCUCACCAGAGAAGCGUGGAUCUCAUCAGGAGUCUUUGGCCUCUCCAGACCCAUUCAGGAGUUCGGUUUGGCCAGGUUCAGGAGUAAUCAGGUGAAAGCGAUGAAGGGUUUGGAGCACGCACUGUCCAAUCUGCAGAAAGCAUCGGCCGUGUGUCCUGGAGAUUCUGCAGAGAAACACAAAAACCUGAAUUCAGCCUCCAAAACCCAGAAACCUCAGCAAUACAUAUGAUCAAUAUGAACAAAGAGUGAAUUUCAUGAUCAUAUCAGGUCAUCCCAAAAAAAUCAGAAGAAAAUCAGACGCAUUUCUUAGGAAUAUUACAAUUUGUUUGAUCAGAACUUUAUUUUUAUGACAUUUACAUUUUCCCCAAUUCUCAUGACUGCUAUGCAAGAAGAUUAUUUUAGCCGUGAAGUAUUUAUAUCAUUGUAGCAUUUGUUGUACUGCCUUCAAGCUGAUUUCAGUUUAAAAAUAAAGUCACUGUAUUGCAAAACUGUUUAACUUAUAUCGCAAUUCUGAGUUUGUAAUUUUCAACUCUGAGUUUAAAUCUCACAAUUGUUUUUUUGUUUCUGUUACAGAAUUAAAAAUAAAAAGUGAAUUGCAACUUAACUCUGACUCUCCUCCUCAGAAUUGUGAGUUUAUAUCUUUAAAAAAAGAACUGUGAUGUAGAAACUUAAAAUUGCGAGAAAAAUUGCUGAAUUGUGAGAUAAAAAGUCGCAAUUACCUUUUCUUUUUUAUCACGUGGCAGAAACAAGCCUCCAUAGAAAUAUGACCUGAACAUGUUUUCAUGAGAUUCACUCGUAAAAACAAAGAACUUACCCAGAGAAUCAUGUGAUGUGACCUUAUUUCAUGGCUGCUAAGUAAAGUAACGGUAAAGCUCAGGUAACAGUAAAUGUGAAGACUGAAGAUAAAGCUCGCUGUGGAGAUCAUGCUGUCCUGUAUCAUGUGUGUUUAGAAAUUUUAUUAGAAAACUCAGGGACAGAUACUUUGCAAUUGUUUAUAACUGACACGGUCACCCUGCAGUGUGUUUCUGACGUAACGCAUAGUAGAACAUAUAUAUAUAUACACAGUAUCUCACAGAAGUGAGUACACCCCUCACGUUUUUGUAAAUAUGUUAUUAUAUCUUUUCAUGUGACAACACUGAAGAAAUCAGUAAAAUCUUUCGUUUGAGGAUGCCCCACAAAUGCUCAAUAGGGUUUAGGUCUGGAGACAUGCUUGGCCAGUCCAUCACCUUUACCCUCAGCUUCUUUAGCAAGGCAGUGGUCAUCUUAUCAUGUUGGAAUACUGCCCUGCGGCCCAGUCUCCGAAGGGAGGGGAUCAUGCUCUGCUUCAGUAUGAAGUAUUCACUCAUACGUCUAUUUCCCAAACACAACCUCUGGAUAUGACGCUGAGCACGUGCACUCAACUUCUUUGGUCGACCAUGGCGAGGCCUGUUCUGAGUGGAACCUGUCCUGUUAAACCGCUGUAUGGUCUUGGCCACCAUGCUGCAACUCAGUUUCAGGGUCUUGGCAAUCUUCUUAUAGCCUACGCCAUCUUUAUGUAGAGCAACAAUUCUUUUUUUCAGAUUCUCAGAGAGUUCUUUGCCAUGAGGUGCCAUGUUGAACUUCCAGUGACCAGUAUGAGAGAGUGAGAGCGAUAACACCAAAUUUAACACCUUUACUUUGUAGAAAAGUGUCAUUUCUUCAGUGUUUUCACAGGAAAAGAUAUAAUAAAAUAUUUACAAAAAUGUGAGGGGUGUACUCACUUCUGUGAGAUACUGUAAAUGUAUAUAUAUAUAUAUAUGUAUAUAUAUAUAUAUAUAUAUAUAUAUAUAUAUGUAUGUAGUGCAGUCCAAAAAAAGACUUUAAGCUCAAGCUGAUCAUCAGGCAUUCUUACGUUUCAAUUUAACCUUUUCACUCAAAAUAUUAUUCCUAUCAUAUAAUUUGUAACGAAAUUAGAAAUAUUUUCACUAGUGGACUUGGACUUUUGGACCCGACUGUAUUAGAAUUUAAAAUCAUAAAAUACAUUGCUGUAUAAUACAUCAUUUUAUCAAAAUAGUUAUGAGUUCAUAUCAAAUAAUUUACUGGAUUUUAGGUCACAAGUUUAAAGCGAUCAAUCUCUUACAGCUGUGCCUCUUAACUGUUUAAAAUUUUCUAGUCUAAUAAUAUGACAAAAUGCACCAUAUAAUUUUGAGAAUGUUUUAAUUUAUAAAACUAUGGUUUGUUGUAAUAUUUCUGUUGCUCUAUUCAUAUGUUUGUAAUUGCAUUCCUUCACAGAUGCUUUAGUGUAAAAUUUAAGGUUUUAGAAUGAAGAAUAUUGUGAAAAUGAAUAUUUCACUGUUCUGUAGUUGUAUUAAUUUUGCUUUUGCUUGAAAAGACGAGACAUGGAAUCUUUAAAUAAAGAAGCAAAUGAUGAAA